AUGCCUAAACGACCAAAAAUUGUCUCCGUAUACAAUGACGUUGAUAAAGAAAACACUCAGCAUGUUGUCCUCCCAAUUGUUACUCGAGACGAGGCAUCUCAUAGAAGAAAAUUAAGAAAAUUAAUCUUGGAUAAUAAGAAAUCAAAUGUGGGAACUACAUCGUCGUCCCUCAAUAUUGAUUCCACUAAUAUUAAUUCCACUUCCACUCCGUGUGUUACAUCUGAUAACAUAGUCAACAAAAUUGGUUUUCACAAUUUUGAAUCCACUCCUGAGGUGACUAAUAAUGUUAAUUCAAGUCUUUCAAGUAUUGUAACAAGUAACAAUAUUUGUAGUACCAGCAAUCGUACAACGACAAAAAACGAUAUUGGGAAUAAUAUUUCAACUGGCAUCACAUCAACCACCUGCACAUCAUCAUUCAACCGUAAUUUGCAAAGGCUAUCAUCUGGCAAACGUAAGUUGGUAUCCAAAGCACGUAUUUCGUCUCCUAUACCAAUGAUCGACUUGACCACAGAUGAAACCGUAGUACGAGAUCCUUAUAAAGGUGUUUCUACAGAUUAUUUAGAUCACGGUGAUCAAGUUAUUACUUGUGAAGUUUGUUAUGCAAAGUUAUGGGACGCAGAGAAAGGAAGCGGAAGAAAAGAGGGUGGCAAAAUAUGUCAUAUGUUAUGUUGUGGUUAUGCCAAAGUUGUGUUACCGGAUUACAAAACCGCGACACCUUAUUAUAAAAGUCUAUUCAUGUCAAAUGACAAUGAAAGCAAGCACUUUUUGAAGAACAUUCGACGAUACAAUUCUAUGUUCGCGUUUACCUCAAUGGGUGGUAAGGUUGACCAUACCGUGAAUACUGGUAAUGCUCCUUUUUGCUACAGAAUUAGUGGUGAAAAUUACCAUUCUAUUGGUAGUCUUGUGCCACCAAACGGAGUGAAGCCUAAAUUUUGUCAGUUAUACAUAUACGAUACUGAAAAUGAGUUGGCAAAUAGGCAAUCAGUUUUUAGGACUUCAGACAAUGCUUCCUCAUCAUCCACUUCAGAUGAAACCGAUAAUAAGCUGAUACAACAAAUCAAAGCAAUGUUUGAUGCCGAAAAUGUGCUUGUGAAAAUUUAUAGGAUGGUUAGAGAUUGCUUCCAACAAAAUCCUUAUACCACUUUAAAGCUUCGCCUUAUUGGCAAAAGAGAACAAGAUGGUCGGACUUAUAACUUACCUACUUCCUCAGAGGUUGCUGCUCUUAUUGUUGGAGAUAUCGAUAACGCACUUGAGAAAAGAGAUAUCGUUGUCGAGACACAAACAGGUUCAUUAAAAAGAAUAAGUGAAUUGCAUCCAUCCUAUCUUGCACUUCAGUAUCCUAUUUUGUUCCCAUAUGGAGACGACGGUUACAGAAUUGACAUACCACAUAGGGGUGUCAUUGAUGUUACUAACAAGAAACGUCCGAAUUGUACAAUGAGAGAGUUUUUUGCGUAUCGUGUACAAGAUCGUAGUAACCAGUUUUCAUUGAUUCUAAAUUCUCGACGCUUAUUCCAACAGUUUUUGGUUGAUGCUUAUACGAUGAUUGAGAGCGAACGACUUAACUUUAUAAGAUUUCAGCAACAAGAUCUCAGGUCUGAUACAUAUGAGAAUAUCCGGAAACUAAGAUAUAAUGGCCAACAAGAUUUGUCUAAGGUUGGAAAACGUAUUUUCCUUCCAUCUUCCUUUACAGGCGGGUCACGAUAUAUGAUGAAAAACUAUCUUGACGCAAUGGCAAUUUGUAAAUGGUAUGGUUAUCCAGACUUUUUUAUAACCAUUACCUGCAAUCCCAAAUGGCCGGAGGUUCAAAGGUUUCUUAAGGACACAAAUCUUAAUCCGGAGGAUAGGCCUGAUAUUUUAUCUCGAAUUUUUAAAAUAAAGCUGGAUGCCAUUUGUAAAGAUUUGAAAGACCGUGAUUUGUUUGGAAAAGCUUCUGCUGUUGUUUACACUAUUGAGUUUCAGAAGCGAGGAUUGCCUCAUGCACAUAUGUGCUUAUUCAUGGAGAAUGAUUACAAACUUCCAACUGUAGACCAUGUUGAUCAGUUUAUUUCUGCAGAAAUCCCUGAUUUAAACCAAGACCCGGAACUAUAUACGCUUGUGAAAGACCAUAUGAUUCAUGGUCCAUGUGGUAAUGCUAGAAUGAGCUCUCCAUGUAUGGUUGAUAGAAAAUGUUCAAAAGGUUUUCCCAAGAAAUUUCAAGAUCACUCAACCUUGGAUUCUAACGGAUUUCCCUUAUACAGAAGAAGAGAUGACGGUUCCUUCGUUUUAAAAAAUAAAAUUCAGUUAGACAAUAGAAGUGUUGUACCUUAUAACAAAAAGCUUUUGAAAAGAUAUCAGGCGCAUAUAAACGUUGAAUGGUGCAACCAAGCGGCGUCAAUAAAGUAUUUGUUCAAGUAUAUUAAUAAAGGUCCUGAUAGAGCAACAGUUGCUGUGGUUCCGAGCAACAAUGAAAACGAACAAGCAGAAAAUGAUGAAAUUAAAGAGUAUUAUGACUGUAGGUAUAUAUCUGCGUGUGAAGCGUCUUGGAGGAUUUUUUCUAAUGAAGUUAAUUAUAGGAGUCCUUCUGUUAUGCGUCUUCCUUUCCAUCUUCCUGGACAACAAACAGUUUGUUUCGGUCCUGAUGAAGAUAUUAAUCAAGUGCUAAACAAACCAUCUGUGAACUCAUCAAUGUUUUUAGCUUGGAUGCAACGUAAUCAAGAUCCUAACGACCAUGUUGCACGUACACUAACAUACGUACAGUUUCCGCGUUUUUAUGUUUGGAAGCUUGACAAGCGUAUAUGGGUUCCGAGAAUAAAAGGAAAAACAAUUGGAAGAAUUCAUUCCGUUUCUCCUUCUACCGGUGAAGCGUACUAUUUAAGAAUUCUUCUUAACAAAGUUAAAGGACCAACAUCGUUUGAUGAUAUUAAAACAGUUAAUGGUCGAGUGUACGAUACUUUUAGAGAUGCUUGCUAUGCGCUUGGUUUGUUGGAUGACGACUCUGAGUAUAUUGAGGCCAUCAAAGAAGCAAAUAUAUCAGGUAGUGCAGGUUAUAUUCGCAAUUUAUUCGCCACCAUGUUACUGUCAAGCACAUUAUCUAGACCUGAAGUUGUCUGGGAAAGCACAUGGAAGUAUAUGACAGAUGAUUUUCUGUACAGAUUCUCAAAGUAUCAUCGUGUUUCAGGUUUAUCAAUUCCUGAUGAGCAACUAAAGAACUACGUUUUAUGCGAAAUAGAGAAGUUUUUAACUCGGAAUAAUUCAUCGCUUCGGAGAUUUUUAUCAAUGCCUUACCCGGAUACUUCAUCUUUAGAUAACUUUCGCUGCCGAUUGAUUAACGAAGAGCUUGCUUAUAACAGAACAGAGUUACAAAAUGUUUAUCAAGGUCAGGUGAAUUUGUUAACGGAUGAACAACGUGCAGUAUAUGAAGAAAUUAUGAACGCAGUUCAUGGAGACAAUGGAGGAGUAUUUUUUGUUUACGGUUAUGGCGGGACCGGUAAAACGUUUUUAUGGAAAACAUUAUCUGCUGCAAUUAGGUCAAAAGGUCAGAUUGUAUUAAACGUUGCAUCUAGCGGAAUUGCAUCAUUGCUGUUGGAGGGAGGAAGAACGGCUCAUUCUAGGUUUCAUAUACCUUUGAAUCUUAAUGAGGAUUCCGUUUGUCAUAUAAAACCAGACGAUGAUGUAGCUAAAUUACUACAGCAGACCAAACUCAUUAUAUGGGAUGAAGCUCCUAUGGUUCAUAAACAUGCAUUUGAGGCUUUGGAUAGAACUAUGCAUGACAUUUUCAAUAUAUCUAAUUCAUCCAGGUCUGAUGUUUUAUUUGGAGGGAAGGUGAUUGUAUUUGGUGGUGAUUUUAGGCAAAUACUACCUGUUGUUCCAAACGGUGGACGUCAAGAAAUUGUGAAUGCCUCAUUAUGUUCUUCUUAUCUGUGGAGUAAGUGUAAGUUGUUGACGUUAUCUAGAAACAUGAGGUUAACUGUUGGAAGACCAUCAUCUGAAGUUGAAGAGAUUAGUAAUUUUGCAAAAUGGUUGUUGGACGUUGGCGAGGGAAAUGUUGGUGGUUCCAAUGAUGGAGAAGCAAUAAUUGAAUUUAGUACAAGAGCUAUACUUGCGCCUAAGAAUGAGGUUGUUCACGAGAUUAACGACAGAUUGUUGGCAGUUUUCCCUGGUGAAGAAAAAGAGUAUCUUAGUUCUGACAGUCUAUGCCCUACUGAAGAUGGCAAUGUUGAUCAGCAAAAUAUAUAUUCUCCUGACGUGCUCAAUGGUCUCAAAGUGUCUGGUUUACCAAAUCAUAGGUUAGUGCUUAAAGUUGGGGUUCCAGUAAUGUUGUUGCGAAAUAUUGACCAACGAAAUGGUUUGUGUAACGGUACAAGGUUAAAGGUCACAAAACUUUACAGCCGUGUUAUUGAAGCUGAGAUAAUUUCUGGUGGUAAUAUUGGUUCUCGGACAUUCAUACCUAGAAUCAAUUUGGUACCUUCGGACCGAAAGAUUCCUUUUGCAUUUCAAAGGAGGCAAUUUCCAAUAACUGUAUGUUUUGCAAUGACGAUUAACAAAAGCCAGGGACAGUCGCUAUCUAAGGUUGGGUUGUACCUAAGACAACCAGUUUUCACACAUGGUCAAUUGUACGUAGCUUUAUCCAGGGUUACAAGACGAGAUGGAAUCAAGUUACUAAUACUUGACAAUGAUGGCAGGCCUACAAAUAAAACAACCAAUGUCGUAUAUAAAGAGAUAUUCAAUGGAUUGUGA